AUGGACCGUAGAUUAUGGGCUGCUAGUUUUUCUGUAUCCCACUGUAUUGCACAACAUGGUAAACCAGUUUCUGAUGGAGAAUACAUAAAAGAAGUUUUUUUAACGACAUCAAAUACUUUAUUUCAAGAUUUUGCGAAUAAAAAUGAAAUAAUAAAACGUAUUCAAGAUUUACCUAUUAGUAGAAAUACUGUUAAAGAACGAAUUUUAUGUAUGAGUGGUGAUAUAUCAAAUCAGCUUCAAACUGAUUUAGCGUCAGCAGACUUUUUUUCGAUUUGUCUUGAUGAAAGUAUAGAUGUAACUUCUCAGGCUCGUUUAGCAGUUUUUGUUCGAUUUAUUAGUGCUAAUAUUAUGAAAGAAGAAUUAAUAAAAUUAAUAACAAUUUCUACUAAAACAACUGGUCGUGAUAUUAUGGAUGAAGUACAUAAAGAAUUUAUUAAUUUAAAAAUCAAUAUUCAAAACAUUGUUUCAAUAACUACUGACGGGGCUCCAAAUAUGGUUGGUAAACACAAUGGAUUUAUUAAACUUUUUUCCAAUGAAAUUUCGCAUCCUAUCAUCAACUUUCACUGUAUUAUACAUCAAGAAGCGUUGUGUGCAAAAGAUAGUAUGAAAUCGCUUCAAAAAGUAAUGGAAACUGUUACAAAAAUUGUAAAUUUCAUAACAUCUCGAGCUCUUAACAACCGACAGUUUUCCAAAUUAUUAGAAGAGGUCGAGUCACAAUACUCUGGCCUUCUUAUGUAUAAUAAUGUUCGAUGGUUGAGUCACGGACAAGUUCUUCAUCGAUUUGUUGAAUUACUGGAAGAAGUACGUUUAUUUGUGUCGGAUAAGUCUCAAGAUUAUCCAGAGCUUAAUGAUUUAAAUUGGUUGAAUGAUCUGAUGUUCUUCACAGAUUUUGCUGCAAUUUAUAAUGAUUUAAAUAAAAAACUCCAAGGCCGAGGUCAAACAGUUUUAACUAUGUUUGAUAAUAUUAAAAUUUUUGAAAAAAAAAUUGAAGUUUUUUGCAAAGAUCUACAAAAUGAAAACUUGAAAUAUUUUCCUUAUUUGAAAAAAUUUUCCCAAUUUCGUCAUCUAGAUUCAACUUUAGAAUUUUUAAUAAAUCCACAUAAUAUUAAAUUUGACGUACUUGAACAUAGUUUUUUUGAGUGGUUAAGUAUUGAAAAUUUAGAAAUGGAGUUAAUAGAAUUUCAGGGAAGUAAUAUUUGGAGAAAUAAAUUUAUUAAUUUGAACAAUGAGCUGGAAAAUAAUCAUAGUGAAAUUGGUAUGAAUGUUAAAUCGGAAAAUUUGAUUCUUAAUGAGUGGAAAAGUCUUCCAAAUUCAUUUGCAUCUAUGAAAAAAUUAGCUCUUUCUAUAUUGACAAUGUUUGGAUCUACUUAUGCGUGUGAGCAGCUUUUUUCUUCAAUGAAUUUUCUUAAGUCAACUGUAAGGAAUCGUCUUGGAACAGAUUUAAGUGAAGCAUGUGUUCAAUUAAAAUCAACCAGUUACAGUCCAAGGAUUGAUUCAUUAGCCAAUAAAAUGCAGCAACAAAUUUCUCAUUAA